AUGGUCAGCUCGUGUUGUGGCUCCGUCUGCUCGGACCUGAGCUGUGGCCGAGGUCUCUGUCAGGAGACCUGCUGCUGCCCCAGUUGCUGCCAGACCACCUGCUGCAGGACUACCUGCUGCCGCCCCCGGUGCUGCCAGUCUGUGUGCUGCCAGCCCACUUGCUGCCACCCCACCUGCUGCCGCCCCAUCUGCUGCAGGCCCAUCUGCUGCAGGCCCCGGUGCUGCCAGCCCAGCUGCUGCAGGACCACCUGCUGCCGCCCCAGCUGCUGUGUGUCCACCUGCUGCCGCCCCAUCUGCUGCAUUUCUAGGUGCUGCCGCCCUAGCUGCUGCAUUUCCAGCUGCUGCAGGCCCCAGUGCUGCCAGACCACCUGCUGCAGGACCACUUGUGUCCAACCCAGGUGCUACAUCUCCAGCUGUUGCAGGCCCCCUUGCUGCCAGUCUGUGUGCUGCCAGCCCACCUGCUGCCGACCCAGCUCUUGCAUUUCUAGUUGCUGCCGGCCCUCCUGCCGCAUCUCUGGCUGCUGCCGCCCCACCUGCUGCCAGCCCACCUGCUGCCGCCCAAUCUGCUCUAGUGGUUCUUGCUGCUGA